GGCCGGCACUGCGGCCUUUCCCUGUCACAGCAGCCUGCGCCCAUCCUGCCGCCCCUCCCCCCCCCCUUCCCGGCUUCCUGCCCUCCCGGCCCGGCUCGCCCUUUCCUGUCCCCCCCCAUGAGGGGAAAUCGCUGCUGGGUGACCCGGCCAGAGCCGGGCAGAAGACAAAGGGAGGCUGUCCUGUACCAGGAGGGGCCAUGGGGCCGUGAGGGGAGCGCGGAGCUGCCUGUGGGGCUCGCCGCCAUGUUUGCUGAGGAGCGCAAGGAGGGCAGCCCCCGCUUUGCCAAGCUGCACUUCCCGGUGGGGCUGUGGGUCAACAACCUCCGCAAGCUCCUGGCCCAGAUCCGGCACCGCUGGCCCAGCGCCGCCUCGGUGCUGUCCAACUGCUCCGACUGUGCCGAGCCGCGGCCACAUGGCAAGGCCAAAGCGGGCCAGCACAAGCGCCUCUCCAGCCUCUUCCACCGCAACUAUGGAGCCCCCAUCACUAACGUCAGCGCCAACACACACGGGAACAGCGCGGCUGCCUCUGCCACGCAUGGGAACAGCGCCACUGCCACUGCUGCUGCUGCUGCUGCUGCUGCCCCACAUGGUGCUGGACAGCACUGGACCCCUGCUGGUGCCUCGAGCUCAGCCAGGUGCUGGGUGAGCAAGAAGAAGCUGUGCCCACCAGCAGAGGCAGCGCCGUGUGCUCAGCAGGAUGAUGACGAUGAUGAUGAUGAUGAUGAUGAUGAUGGGGGUGGGGAUGAUGAAGGCCGUGCCCCCCCGCACCCCCCGGCCGUGCUGAAGAUCUUCGGGGCCGACAUCAGCCACGGCGCCACCUACAAGAGCGUGUUGGCCACGCGCGGCUGCACGGCCCGGCAGCUCCUGCGGGAGGCGCUGCAGCGUUAUGGGCUGCCUGGGGCCGAACGGGACUUUGUGCUGUGCGACGCCGUGGGGAGGAACGGCAACAACGGGGCAACGUGGAGAGCAAAAUACGUCAGGGCGCUGGGGGACGAGGAGCGGCCAUUGGUGCUGCUGGAUGGAUGGAGGGCAAAGGACGGGUGGAGCAGGAGGAUGAUUGUCAGGAGGAGGGACGACGCGGACGGAGCGGAUGGGAACGCCCCGCCCCGUUCCAGCCGCUCUCAGUCCCGGUGUCGCGCAGCAUCGGGCGCGCCGCCCCCGGCCAAGGAUCGCGCCCAGAACCUGUCACUGCGCCGCAGCCACAGCGACGUGAACCUCAACAACCGGAGGCGGCGGGAGCGGCGGGCCGUCAUCAGCGUCAUGGGCGGGGAACAUGGCGGAACCGGAACCGGAAACAGCGAGCUGGAGCGGAACGCGGAAGUGGAGCGCAUCCCGGAAGUGGAGCGCAACCCGGAAGUGGAGGAGGAGGAGGAGGAAGGGGAGUUUGUGGUGCGGACCCCGCGGCACCGGCCGUACUUUGUAUUGCUGCAGGGACACGGGCAGCAGGUACGGGAUGGGGGGGGGACAGAGCUGCCACAUAGAGCGUACCUCAUAUCCCCCAUAGCUGCCCCAGGCACCCCCUCAGCCCCCCCCCGACGACCCUCAUGGUCUCACUCUCAUCCAGUGAGCGUCGUUGAACAGGACGCAUUGGAGAAGAAGAAAAGCUCCAGCGCCGCCUGGAACACCAGCAGCGUGGGCCGGAUCCCAUCCGGCAUGGACGACACGUCGGGGGCCACGCUGGGCUCCGAGCCCCCCACAAACGGUGUCCGGGUUCCCCUGUGCUGUCAGGUCAGAGCUGUGUCCAUAGGUUACAAUGGGGGUCUCUCUGUCUCUCUGUCCCCCUGUUCCCUUCAGGCCUCGUGGUCCCGUCUCCGCUCCGAGUACCCGGCGCUGACCCCCCCCCAGCUGCAGCACGUGCUGCGCCAUUACCAGCUGGGGCCGGGGGGGGCACAGCCCGAGCAAUGGAGCCCCCCCCCCGAGGAGAGAGACGCCGCCAAUAACGGUGACAUCUUCGAGAGCUUCUCUGACCACCCCCCGCUGCUGCUGCCCAGCGCCGGGUUCCAGCUGCAGCCGGGAGCUGCCGUCACCGACCCCGUCCUGCAGGGGGCGCUGCGCCGCCUCCGAACGGCAUUAUGGGAACGGGAGGAGGGCGCGCUGCCCGCCAACAUGGCGGCCAUGAGGGGGGGGGGCCUGA